UGUUGUGUAAAAGUUUGUGUGCGGAGGCGUUUCCAGGAAGAGUCGUUUCAUUUUUCUGUAAUGGCGGACCACGGAGACGGUGAAAGUAUUGUGUUUAACGACAACAGGAUGGCGCAGCAGCAGACGCUGCGUUUCCGCGGCCCUGCUCCUCCUCCAACCCCAGUGAUGCGUGGUCCACCCCCACUGCUCAGACCUCCACCUCCCCCCUUCGGUAUGAUGAGAGGGCCUCCACCACGGGGGCCACUGUUUGGGCGUCCGCCGUUUGACCCCAGCAUGCCACCCAUACCCCCACCAGGAGGCAUGCCCCCACCACUCGGACCCCCUCACCUACAGAGACCUCCUUUUAUGCCCCCGCCGAUGGGCAGCAUGCCCCCACCCCCAGGGAUGCUAUUCCCCCCUGGGAUGCCCCCAGUUCCUGCUGCUGGAGCUCAUACUCUGCCCCCUACUGAGGAGAUCUGGGUGGAGAACAAGACACCUGAGGGAAAGGCGUACUACUACAACGCCAGGACUCGAGAGUCAGCCUGGAGCAAACCUGAAGGGGUAAAGGUGAUCCAGCAGUCAGAACUCAACCCUAUGAUGGUGAGCCCGGCUGGUACAGGAGCCUCCUCCAAUAGCAGCACUGCAGCCAGCACUACAGCUGCCACACCCUCUCCAGUGUCCACACAGGCACCUUCCCAGUCUCAUACCAUGAGUACCAGCCCAGACACCAACACCACCUCUUCUUUGUCCCAGACCAUCACUACUUCUGCUGCUACAGAUCUGCAGCCUGUGUCCUCCGUCCCCUCCAGUGUGGGAGUGACCACGAUGGCAGUGGUCAGUGUAACCACAGUGCCAUCCUCAGUGACACCAGUCCAGACUAUGUCCCUGUUGCCCCAAAGUCUCCCGACUGGCCUGCCCCACCACACCAUGUCCCAGCCUCACACCACAGCCACUAUCCCAGGCUUCCCCCCAGGGGUCAUGCACCCCUUCAGGGUGCCUCUACCAGGCAUGCAUAUCCCACUGCCCGGUGUAGCAAUGAUGCAGAUAGUAGGAGGUCCCUAUAUAAAGACAGUCUCCCCCAACCAUAACGGUAUGCUGCCUGGCAUGGGCCCUCUCUCUGUUCCCAUGAUGCACCACCCUCAGUUGGCCCUGGCGGCGCCCGCCUUGUCAGGCCUCCAGUUCCCAGAGUGGUCUGAGUACAAACGGCCGACGGGAACCUACUACUACAACAACCGCACACUGGAGUCCACCUGGGACAAACCCCAGGAACUACGGGAGAAAGAGAAAGAGGCAGAGAAGGCCAAAGAGAGACAGCAGGCCCUGGAGGAGGAGGCUAUGGAGAUGGAGGAUGAACAGCCUAAAAAGAGCUCCCUAAGGAGUUGUAUCCCUUUCAUUGAGCAGGUUAAGGAGGAGGAGAUGACUGAAGAGGAGAAAGCAGCACAGAAAGCCAAGCCCCCUGUGGCCACUAACCCAAUAGCUGCCACUCCCUGGUGUAUUGUGUGGACCGGUGACGAGCGUGUUUUCUACUACAAUCCCACCACGCGUCUCUCCAUGUGGGACCGGCCCGAGGAGCUGGUGGGGCGGGCCGACGUUGACAAGAACAUCCAGGAACCACCUCAUAAGAGAGGCCUGGAGGACGCCACCAGGAAGCUGGGUACGACCACACACAGGCACACUCAUCCUGCCUCUGUAGGUGUUCAUCGAUGGUCUCAUCACUUCUCUCCCUCAGGAAUCAGCAAAGAGGAGCUGGAGCAGGCAGCAGAGGAAGCUCUGGAGGAUGAGCCUGUGAAGGCCAAGAAGAGGAAGAAGGAGGAAGUGAUGAAAGAGGCGGACUCUGAGAAAGAGGCAGCCAUGGAGGCGGAGCUGAAGGCGGCCCGAGAGCGGGCCAUCGUGCCCCUGGAGAAGCGCAUGACACAGUUCAGGGACAUGCUGCUGAAGAGAGGGGUCUCAGCGUUCUCUACGUGGGAGAAAGAGCUGCACAAGAUAGUGUUUGAUCCACGAUACCUGCUGCUUAACCCCAAAGAGAGAAAGCAGGUGUUUGACCAGUAUGUGAAGACCCGAGCUGAGGAGGAGAGGAAAGAGAAGAAGAAUAAACUGAUGCAGUGUAAGGACGAGUUCAGGAAGAUGAUGGAGGAGGCCAAGCUCACUGCCAGGACAACGUUCAGUGAGUUUGCCUCCAAGCACGCCAAGGACACACGGUUCAAGGCCAUAGAGAAGAUGAAGGACCGGGAGACCAUCUUUAUCGAGUUCAUGGCCGCUCUCAAGAAGAAAGAGAAGGAGGACUCCAAGAACAGAGGAGAGAAGGUGAAGCAGGACUUCUUUGAGUUGCUUGGUGACCACCAGCUGGAUGGAGGGCAGCGCUGGAGCAAGGUGAAGGACAGGCUGGAGGGAGACCCUCGCUACAAGUCUGUGGAGAGCUCCAACACCAGAGAGGAACUCUACAAGCAGUAUGUGGACAAGCAGGCCAAGAACAUGGACUCUGAUAAGGAGAAGGAGCUGGAGCGUGCCGCCAGGAUAGAGGCCAGUCUGAGGGAGAGGGAGCGCGAGGUGCAGAAGGCCCGCUCUGAGCAGACCAAGGAGAUCGACAGAGAACGGGAGCAGCAUAAGAGGGAGGAAGCCAUCCAGCACUUCAGAGCCCUCAUGUCAGAUAUGGUGAGGUCGUCGGACGCGUCGUGGUCAGACACCCGGCGUAACCUGCGUAAGGACCACCGCUGGGAGUCCGCCUCUCUGCUGGAGAGAGACGAGAAGGAGAAACUGUUCAACGAACACGUUGAGGCGCUCUCCAAGAAGAAGAAGGAGAACUUCAGACAGCUACUGGACGAGACCGUCAUGAUCACACUGACCACCACGUGGAAGGAGGUGAAGAAGAUCAUUAAAGAGGAUCCUCGCUGUAUCAAGUUCUCCAGUAGUGACAGAAAAAAACAGAGGGAGUUUGAAGACUACAUCAAAGACAAGUACAUCACAGCCAAAGCUGACUUCAGAACGCUUCUGAAAGAGACCAAGUUCAUCACUUACAGGUCGCGGAAGUUGCUCCUGGAGUCUGACCAGCACCUGAAGGACGUGGAGAAGGUUCUGCAGAAUGACAAGCGUUACCUGGUGCUGGACUGUGUCCCGGAUGAGAGGAGAAAACUCCUCAUGUUCUACAUCGAGGACCUGGACCGCCGGGGUCCCCCUCCUCCCCCCACCGCCUCGGAGCCCACGCGCCGCUCCACCAAGUGACCAGAGACUGCUAGAAAACCUGAGCAUGAACCAGCCCUGCACCUGUUCUAGUGCAGUAUUAAACUGUAAUGUCCUAAUGCCUUGUGGUAAACCUGGAACAUCCAUCCUUGUAUUUAUUAAAGUGUCAGUAGUGCAGAGCUCUGGCUCUCCUCUCUACAGGGCCUGAUGAUGUGCCACUGCUCUAACCCCUGACAUCUGACCUUUUGGCUCAGCUGAGGUCACAGGGAUCGGCGUAGUAAUACAUCUGCAGCCACCUAUGACGUUAGACAACUGUAAAUGAUGAACUCUGCUGUUUCUGUGACUCAAGGCAUCGCAGGCCUUAGUAACUGUUUUUAGGGUGUCGUUGACAUCGACCAACUCACAGUACAGUUUGAAUGUUAACGUUUAUUCUCAGUGGUUUAAUUUUGAUGCGUUGCUUUUUCUGUACAUGUUUACUGGAAUAAAAGCAACUUUUCUUUUUUUAA